GAGAGGUGUGAGCGUCCGGCGUAGCAUUUCGUAAGAGUGCCCAGCUAGUGCGAACGAGUCGUUGAUUCCGAAUCCCUUGUUCUGGGAGGUGCUUGUAAGCACUCGUCUUUGAGCGGAGAAGUCGAAACCUGCGGUAGCCGAGCGCCUCAGAGCUCUCAGACCCAGGCAGCCUUCGGAAGCGCGAGAGAGGCAGGCACAGGAGAGCCAAGGGAGAGGGAAGCAUGGCGGAGAAGUUGCUGCAAAAUGUGUCCCGGCUAGGUGGCGUGGUGGCGAUAGCGGCGGCGACAGAGAUGUGCCUCUUCAACGUGGACGGCGGGCAGCGGGCAGUCAUCUUCGACAGAUUUCAGGGAGUCAAAGAGGCGGUCGUGGGGGAGGGGACGCACUUCAUGAUCCCCAUCGUGCAGAAGCCUAUCAUCAUCGACGUGCGGGCCAGGCCGCGCACGAUCAACUCCAUCACGGGGACGAAGGACCUGCAGAUGGCCAACAUCUCUCUAAGGGUACUGUCUCGGCCGUUGGAGUCGGAGCUGCCCCGCAUCUACCAGGAGCUGGGGACUGAUUUCGACGACAGAGUCUUGCCGUCGCUGGGAAAUGAGGUGCUCAAGGCAGUCGUGGCCAAGUACAACGCUGAGGAGCUGCUGAGCAAGCGUGAGUCGGUCAGCACCCGCAUCCGGGACGAGCUGACCCACCGCGCCAAGCAGUUCCACCUCAUCAUGGACGACGUGUCCAUCACCCACCUCACCUUCGGCCACGAGUUCACCAAGGCCAUCGAGAACAAGCAGGUGGCGCAACAAGAGGCCGAGCGGCAGGUGUACGUGGUCGCGCUGUCCGACCAGGAGAGGCUGGCCGCCAUCAUCCGCGCGGAGGGAGAGGCGGAGGCCGCCGAGCUGAUCUCGGCCGCCCUGAAGGAGAGCGGCAUCGGGCUCAUCGAGGUGCGGCGCAUCGACACCGCCAAGGAGAUCGCCCUCACCCUCGCCACCUCGAGAAACAUCACCUACCUGCCAACAGGGGGCGGGUCCAACAUGCUCCUGGGUCUCAACACGGCUUAAGAAAGGGCAAGGUAGUGAUGAUAGUAGAUGCCUCGCAUGAUGUUAGCCUGAAGGUGGUGCCUGCUGCUGCUGGUGGUUUUUGGCCGUUGUGCAGGGUUGAUUAGAGGUGCGCGUUUUGUCGUUUUGCGGCGGAGGGUGGGAAUGCUCAGCCCGCGCCAUUUCGUGUAUUGUGCUGCCGUGCGCGGGAAGCGGGGGGCUCGCUCUAGAUUUUGAUCGGCAGCGGAUGGGGGUCGGAGAGCGUCACUUGUUUUCAAGUGUAGGGGGGUAGUUUGAGGUGAUGUGAGGGAGAGAAGAAGCCUCGGGGCUUUGAUCAAGCGACGAACGGCCUUGUAACGGGGGUAUUUGCCGUGGAGCGUACCAAUCACGGUUGGUUUUCCUGUUGCCGUGUUCUACCGAGAGCCGUAGCGCAGGCCGGGACGUCGUCCUUCUUGAAGUCUAUGAUUAUACUAGUUUUUGUUGCGCCCCACCUCUAUCUGGAUGCUCGCACGCAUUUGGCGUCGUCGCAUGACCCGCAGUAAAAUAUAAAAUACGCUGUGGCAGCAGCUGCGGCAGUCGAAGAACCGGCAGCGGCGUGGUGUGGCGUCGCGUGGGCGCUGUUAAGGGCCCUCGUUGGCGCACGGCGUCCGUUGCCGCAUAGAGCAACCCCUUGAGUUCGCUCUCUCGGCAUUUGGCAACGUGGUGGAAUCUUGUAGCUUGCGGGGGAAUUUUGUCGAACGAAGGCGUAUGUACGUACACGCGCGAGAAUACUAACGUUUUCGCCGCCCGAGG